UGCAAAUCCACAGCCACUACGCUGUCCCCGUGCCCCCAUCAAUACAACAUUGUACAUUGAUAUACACUGUUGUCCUGAUACCCGUCUGCUCAUAAUGGCUCGAUAUGCUAUCUCAAGUCCAACUGAUGAGGCCUGCUCUUGAACCAACAGACGAUAGCACCCUAAAUGUCGUGUCCCAUGUAUCCGAGAGCAGCAGCAAGAAGAGGAAAAGCGACGUUAUCGACAGGGAGUCAACUCAAGAGGUUGCUUUCAAUGCGAUAUAUCUACCGUCAAAGGAGCAGACUGUCACGUUCUCUGCGGUAGCCCUUAUUGCCAGGGCAUGUCUUCCGCUGGCAUGGCUCAACACCUCAGAAGUUCUACCAGGCCCUGUUUUUGAAGCAUCUAUUCCGAGUGUGCAGGAAUGGGAGCAGCGAGCACUUGUGGUGCGCAAACUGCUCAAUGGCGGUCUGUACGCCGUUGAAAACGUCGGCGGGGACAAUUACGUUGCUGUUGCUCUCCAUAACUGGGUGACAGAAGAAUGGUGUAGGAAUGCUGCGUUCGGGAAAAUCACUGCUGCCAAAAUCGAGGACAUCUUGAAACGAGACGAUGGAGCGUGUCGCAGCCACACGAGGUCCCUCUCCGGUGGUGGCACGCCGUCAUUACCAGGCCCGAAGAGCCCCAAAAAGCCCACCAACCGACGAGGGGCCCUUGCACGAAUGUCGAUACUAACGCCUCGGGAUAUGGCAGGUCAGCGGGAGGCGACGCCGAGGACGCCUGAUUCCCCUGGGCUCAACAAUCCGGCUGCUGCUGCUGAACCCUCGCCUACAACCCCUCCACUGCCAGUGACACCAGCUGCACAUAUCAAGGAGGAGAACUCUUUUGACGCGGGGAGUGUACCGACUGGAGAGGCUGUGGAAAUUGUUCAGGAAGCUGUCCCAAAGCCAGAGCAAGCAAUGGCUGCGGAAGACCAAUGUGCACCGGAACGCCUCCGAGAUCAAUACUUUGAACAUCUGUACUCCUCCAAGACCUCCUUGGCAUUCUACGUCAAAGGUCCGUUGAGCCGGGCGCGAGCUCAUGUACGCUCGACGACCAUCUCCCCUUCCAAAGCAAUCGCCGAAUUAGCCGCUUUCUAUGAAGAAAGCAUUCUGGCUGCGAAGAAGAUUGACCUGAAAUAUAAGGAAACCUUGUCAACGGUAAUCAAGGGGCUAGACUCUGAGCUAGAAAGCCAGGAGUCUCGAAGGAAGCGGCAAAAGAAGAGGAAACCAAUGAAACUCGGCAAGGAUGGCCUUUGGCCUGAUGAAGAGGAGUUCAUUGCAAAGUGGUGGCGUGGACGAGAAUUGAAGCCAGCCAUAACCACAGAACACCAACCCGACGAAAUACGGAAAGAAAUGUCAGAGCUACGCAUGCGAGAGACCAAGAUGCAAAUGCUUUUGAUUCUGGAAGUGAUGCUUUUGGACAUUGCUGUCUCAAGGUUGUCUGAAAUUCCCAAAGUCCCUACCGACCCAGACGUCAAGGUUGAAUCGAUUGAGGAAGACCCCUCGGCCAUACUCGCUCAGACGGCUCGGAAGCAGGAGAAGCCCAAAAAGAAGCGUGACCUAGCCGGAGAACUCGACACUAUAGUCGACCGUCUCUGUAUCUGGCAUACUGUGAGUCAAGACGAACUAAACACGGGCUCCAACCCAGACAGCCUUACCGACAAUAGCAGCGCCACGACCAAAGGAAGUGACAGUUUGCGUGAUUUCUGCAAGGAUGUCCUUCUGCCAUUCUACUCGGCCAAACUCCCGGAACAAAUCAAGUCGAUAUCUCGAAAGCUAGGCGGGCCUGAACUCUCGCCCAAACGACCAGCCAAGCGGGUACCGCAACAGACCACAGGAGCAGCGCAACCCGGAGCAGCACCUCCGCCACCUCCGCGGUUGUCGAGCAGGUCAUCGUCCUCCUUAUUGGGACAAAAGUCGGGUCGUGGCCAAGGGCAGAAUUCCAGCCAUCAACAACCAAGAACCAAAAGGACCCUGGAACGGGUUUUGAGCGAGGAUCAGGCGCACCGCCACGCUUCACCUCCAACGACACUCUCGCGCUCGUCAACAGCACCUUUGGGCUUGAAUGCCAUGGUCCCAACAAUGGCGACGCUGAAGCGUGAGCAGUCCGAACGGCCACUGUCCCGCGGUGGCAUGGGAUUGGGCCUGCUUGCCAAAUCCGCGAGCUUCAGCAAUCGUGAAAUCGAUCUCGACGCCGACAGUCGGACGCAUGAAGCGAAACGCCGCAAACUCGACCGGCUGGCGCAACAGAAGCGCGAGCUCGAGGCGGCAAUCGAAGCGUUGAGACGUCCUAGUCGCACGACCGUCGCUGGGGAGUUUAUGGAUGAAGUAGAGAAGCGCGGCGGCGACAAGAGCACAAAAACGGUGCAGAUCACCGCCACGCCCCGGGCACGUAGGUUCGGCGACUACGUGGCUCGAGGCAAGAGUCAGGGUCACCACCAUCAUCAAGACCAUGGUUUCUCAACAGAGCCAGAGUUACCUCCAAUGAUGACGACCAGGACGACGCUGCCAACACAACAUGGACGACCUGGUCAAGAUGAUGACCUUGUCGUUCCGUCCUCAACCACUAAAGCUCAACUUGGGUCGUUGUCUUCCCUCAGCCAUGAUGGCAUGCCAGCGUCAGUGGCCAGACCGAACACGAGCACGAGCACGACUUCCUCUCGGCAGAUGAUCCCUCCGCCGGCAGCCCGGGGCUCGUCCGCUACAAAACGGGCAGUCCUGUCUGCCAUCCACGAGACCCCGACUCGUGGCCUGCAAGGCAAGAAAUCCAAUCCUCUUGGUCUGGCCGACAGGGACUGUGACGCUGCCGCUGCGACGCACUCUAGCACGACGGCCAUGACAACGACAUCAACCACCAGCAUCACUCAAAAUACGGCGGCAAUGGAGACUUCCUCGGGCUCGGGGUCUCGCUCUCGUCGCACACCCAUACUAUUCACCGGCCUCAAAAAGUCCGACGUCAGCAUCGAGCACGCUUUCCGGGACGCCCCGGAGAUCCCGGAGCGCGCGGGCAGAUUAAUGGACCGUGUCAUGGGCGGCAAGGCGAGAGGAGAUCUGCCUCCUGCCAGCUUUGGUAUUGACGUUGACAUUGACACUGAGACUUGGGCCCCAACCGGACUCGGACAAGAAAAGCCAGAGCAAGCAGGAAAUGGAACUACAACCUCAUUCUCAUCAUCAUCCUCGUCAGUGGCACUAGAACAGCGAAAUGAAGAAUCAGAUCCGAACCCAGAACCAGAACCUCCAUCGCCAUCAGCGUCACUGUCUGCCCCCCCACAGAAUCCAAAUCCUGGACAUACAGGCAAUCGUGGUGGUGCUGGUCAUGCUGGCGGCGCCGUUGCCCCUGUUGACGACGGAAAUGAUGGCGAAGAUGGAGACAUCUACGCGAAACUGGGAUGGGACGACGACGACGACUUUGACAUUUGAUUUCAGUGGUUCUGGUCUGAUGCGGAUGGUAUCUCAAGUACCAUCUAUCAUACCUUCCAUACCAUGGCAAGUAGGAAAGGAAGAAACCCAACAGUAUCCAAGUACCCAAGUAACGCUCCAUGACAAACACCUGCAUAAAGAAUAAAGAUAGCCAUGGCAGGCCAAGAUGGCAGGCUAGCGCAUUUCAACAAGUCGUAUAGACAGACAUGUGCAGAAACAAGGACAGUAUAUAAUGCCACAAUUCUUAUUUUUCCUCAUUCAUUCCGA